GGCGGCUUGGGGCGGGGCUCCCACAAUGCACCUCGCGGCGGCGCCGGGCCGCCCCGCCCUCACGUGAUCCGCGAGCCGGGCCGGGCCGGGCGCUUCCGCGGGGGUCCGCGCGCGCUGCGGGGGGCGGGGCUUCGCUCAGACAUUAGUCUAGAUGCAGUAAAUUGGAAGAAAUGGAAGAAAGGAAGAUCAAGAGGAGGAGCCCCAAAUCAUCUUCCAGUCACUCUGCUCAGGUUGCUAACUCCAAGAAAAGCUCAGUGCCAGUCAGUAAAAGUACAGCCUUUUCCAACCCUGCCCCACAGCCUGCCGUACAAAAACCAAAGCUAAAACGCGUAAUCAAAGAGAAAGCCAAACCUCCAGGAGGUGAAGCAAAAGGGGCACAGGCAGCACCAAUCCAGCAUUCUUUUCUCACAGAUGUAUCAGAUGUCCAGGAAAUGGAAAGGGGACUUCUGAGUCUCUUGAAUGACUUCCACUCUGGCAAACUUCAGGCAUUUGGAAAUGAAUGUUCCAUAGAGCAAAUGGAACACGUGCGGAGUAUGCAGGAGAAACUUGCUCGCCUCAAUCUGGAGCUCUAUGGGGAGAUGGAAGAACUUCCUGAAGAUAAAAGAAAACUAGCCAGUGAUUCCAACCUGGAUAGACUGCUGUCAGAUAAGUGCCAUUUCUCAUAAUUUCUACAUUUACAUUGCAGCUAGAAGAACUAAAUUCAUCUAUCCAAAAGCUACAUUUAGCCGAUGCUCAAGAUAUUCCAAAUGGUACUACAGGCUGAGAGAGAACAUCUUUGUCAAUCUGGAUUCUCCAGCUUUGCUUUGUUUUUCUGGAUAAUGGAAUCAAGAAGAGUUGUGACUUUGUGUUGUUUUUAAUUUUACACAACAAAGAAUCAAAGUGCAAAUCCAGGUGUUUAUUUUGCACAUUCCUCUGAGCACUGCAUUAUGUCAGGGCUCAAUACCUAGAGUUGUAGUUAAUUGUGAUGCUGUGCUUAUUAUUGCCUUACUUAACAGAAAAAUUGGAGAAACUUGGAAAUAUAUUUCUUCUGCUCAGUGUUCAUAUGGUUGCAAGUGGUACAUGUAUAUAAGUUUAUUGGCAUUUCUCCAGUUUUUAUGAAGGUAGUGAUGUUGCCUUUCUGAUCAUUAUACAGACAAUCUGCUCACUAUCUCUUUAGUGUUUUGUUGAUUGGUGAUGCCACGGAUUAAUUUAUUGUUAAUAAAGUGAAAAGCUUUAAA